AUGGUUCGGUUCGGACGCUUGCGGCCAAUUGCCUCUUCAAUUAUAUCGCGAUUUAUUUACAUUCUUACUAUAAUCAAAAUCGUUGAUACUAGAGAGUAUGGAGUCCCAAUAGAAAUUAAAUUGUGGGACUCAAAGCGGAGCCCAUCAGCCCACAUGGUAGACGUAACAAAUGAAUUUGGCUUAAAAGUUCUCGCGGAACAUAAUUUUUUAAAUGACAAUAAUAUUGCAUUUUCACCUUAUGGGUUGAUGGGUAUUCUAGUUGCACUUUAUGAAGGUGUGGAUGGUGAAUCGUCGUACCAAAUUCAACGAAGUAUGCAGUUGCCGUGGAACCGGAAUGUAAUGAGAAUUGGUUUUCGAGAUAUUCAUCGUACCCUAAAAACCUAUUUUGUGCCAGAGGAAGGUUUCUUAGCUGGACUUGCACUCAAUAAUGAAAAUGUCACCUUUAACGAAAGCUAUAAGAAAAUUUUGAGAUUUUAUGGAUUUGAUUUAGAUGGCGAACAUCCGUCGUCUGUGAAUAAUUCAAAUAACAAUACACAGGCCACUACUACAGAUACCAACAGUUCAACUGUUACCGGUCUCUCAACUACUAUUGAGAUGACAACUGAAACUGUAACAGGUCGUGAGGACCCUUUAACUUCCCAAAUUGCUAACAAUACUAAAGAAGAAACAACAUUAAACCCAAACGCUGAAACUAUAACUAAUGUGGAUAUCCGUGGACCAGAUACUACUACAACCAUUUCCCCUAUUACUCAAAGUACGUCUUCAGCCAGCUCAAUGGAAAUAUAUCCGGCUAACGAUGAAAUAACACAAACAACAGAUCAAGCAACUACACUUGUUACAAGCAUGGCUACGGAAUCAGUCGAAGUAUCUACUGUUGGGAUCACUGACAUUACCGGAUCUACUACUGAUAUUAAUACAGAAUUGACGACAUCAUCGGUUAUGGACACGACGACGAGUACAAUGGAUUCAUCUAUAACAAAUUCAGAUACUACAACUAAUACACAGAUGACAGAAUCAGAAACAUCACCGGCUUCCACAUUAGCAACACAAGAAACUGAGUCAACUACUCUUAUUACGGAAACAAGUACAUUAGAAUCAACAACUGUACUUACAACAUCUGCAUUGGAAACUCUCGAACGUAAAAAAAAAUCAGUUGGUGAUUAUAUUUUUACUAAACCCCCAUUUGUCGAUGAUUACUUAGUGUAUAGAUCAUUUGAUGUUGGUAUUGAAUUGCCUGAGAAAAAUGAGGAAGAUGACAAAAUGUUUUUAGUUAAUGGCCAAAGAAAUAUUCAGGUGACUUACAUGCAAUACGACUCUGUAUUGGAACAUGCAUAUCUUCCGCACCUGGAGGCUUCAGCUAUUCGCCUGCCAUUGGACAGCGAGCGUUACUAUUUACUUGUUAUUUUGCCUUCUCGAAGAGGAUCGGGAGAGUUGGCGAGAUUGCUAGCUCGCAUGGCAAGGGAAUCUGAUCUGUCUGAUGUUUACGCUGCUUUACAUCCUCGCCGUGUAAGAGCUGUGGUGCCGAGUUUUAUUGUCAAAGGACAUGUCGCACUAACGACAGACUUGCAGAAGUUAGGUAUACACGACGUAUUUGAACCCCGACAGCACGACUUCACCCCCAUGACACCUCAAACCGGUGUAUAUGUACGCAGCAUAGAACAGGCCGUUUCUGUUGCUAUACGAAAAUAUCAGCCGGAUGUGAAGAACAGAUAUGUGACAAGUCGAAAUCCAGUGACUUUUUCUGCAACGCACCCGUUUUUGUACUUUGUCAUGGAUGCAAAUAUUCACGUAGCAUUAAUGGCUGGCAAAAUGGUGGAUCCCCUAAAUACAAGAAUAUUAUAA